AUGCCCGAAUGUGGAGGCAUGAGUCGAUACGCGCACCUUAAGGCUGUUUUCACCCGACGUCCUAGCCAAGACACCGAGGUCAAGGAGGAUUCGAGGUCCGAAACCACACUGGUACCGGAUUACAAAAAGAGAGACGUUCCCCAGGAUUAUAAUGGUAAGGACUUCGAGACCAAGUUAUGA